AUGGAUGCGGCAAAUUAUUAUGCGAAACAGGCUAUAGCGUACGACAGUUCUGGCCAUUUCCAAGCUGCUGAAUACUUUUACUUAGUAAGUUGAGUGAGAUUGAGAUGUAUUCUUGCAGGAAGCUGCGCGGAGUUUGGAAACGUUAGUUCAACAUGGAAAAGCGAAUUCAAAACUGCUGGAAACGGCUGGAAAAUACAAGAAACGAGCUGAGGUGAUCAGAGUAAAAGGUAACGCAUUUAUUGUUUAUUAUUUCGUGUUUAGAAGAAUGUGCCGUCUCUGAGAAUGUAAGAUCUACCGAUCAAUCGAAUGAAGAUCGGAUUGAGUUUGUGUUAUCACAAGGGCUUUUGAAAGACGAAGCUGGAAACUUGCAAGAAGCGUUAUCGUUGUAUACACAAGGUGUGGAAUACUGUUUAGAGUUUGUAAGUUUGCACUCAUUUAAUCUUGUUUUACAUUAUUUAACUCUAUCUGAACUUAAAUAUUUUGAGGCUAAACAAACCACUUGUAAUGAGGUAAAAAGAAAGUUUCAAGAACUAGCUACUAUAGCGAUAGAAAGGGCUGAAAAGCUUAAGAAGUUACUUGAUGAUUCUCUGUUGCCCGCUUUCCCAGAUGUUCCGGUAGAUGAUAUUACAAACAUAGAAAUACCGCGAGGGGAGGAAGGAAUUCCGGCUGAACAACAUCACACGGUAGCUAAAAAAGGACAGGAUUGUCUGAAUGGCGAAGAGUUGAAGCUUUUGGCUUUUACUUCCAAGAUUAAUGGGAUAUCGUACAUGCCAUUCUUAAAUGAUCAUCUAAGGGAGAGAUUCGCUUUUCCUAUGCCGUUUACGUGAGUUAAUCUUUUGACUAAUUUUGGUAUCAAAGAAAUGUUUCGUUGAUUCUUUUAAUAGAUUUAAUCUCUUUAUGUCAUUAUUAUACGUUCAGUGACAGAGAUGGAUUGUUGGUUUUAUCCGAGAAACAAAAAGCACGACUAAAGGGAUGGUUCCGCUUGUCAGAUCUUUGCCAAGAGCCUAAAAUUAUAGAGAACAUCAAUUCAGCGACUAUUAAACAGGUUUGUUACCUUAUAUUGUGUUAACUCUGUAUAUUGAAAAACUAAUAAAUAUCAAACGUUUUUUAGAACUUUGUGUCUGACUGCUCGUUUGUUGCAUCACUUGCAGUAGCUGCUCAAUACGAAAGGAAAUUUAAAAAGCCGUUGAUGACGAAUAUCAUCUACCCGCAAGACAAGAAUCGACGACCAGUGUACAAUCCUUGUGGAAAGUACAUGGUGAAACUGUAUUUAAAUGGAAUUCUGAGGAAGGUAUUGAUAGACGACAGACUUCCAGUUGGUGGUGAAGGAGAGUUUCUGUGUUCUUAUUCUCAGAAGAAAAACGAGUUUUGGGUACAAUUGCUGGAGAAGGCAUACAUGAAGGUGAUGGGUGGUUAUGACUUUCCUGGCUCUAAUUCAGUAAGUAUUUUUUUUUACUUUACAGUAUCAACGUUAUUUUAAAAUUGCCAAUUUUGUUGUUUCAGAAUAUUGAUCUUAAUGCACUUACUGGUUGGAUUCCUGAGAGAAUACCUUUACAUUCUAAGACAGACCCAUUUGACAAAGACACAAUUUUUGAGAAGCUGUUUCAACGCUAUGGUCAAGGUAUGUUUAGCAUUACAAAAUUAAUUAAAAAUUUCUUUGGAUAAAAAUUACACUUUCUUUAGGCCACUGUUUGGUUACACUGGCUACUGGGAAGAUGGAGGAAUCUGAAGUGGAACGAUCUGGAUUAGUGGAUUCUCAUGCCUAUGCCGUUCUGGAUUUGAGAAAGUUCAAAGACAAGAAGCUCCUGCUACUGAAGAAUCCGUGGACGCAUCUGAGAUGGAAGGGACGAUAUUCAGAGAAGGAUACACAAAGCUGGACUCCAGAAUGGUGCAAAGCGUUAGACUACAACCCGAAAGAUGCUCAACAGUUUGACGACGGUGUUUUCUGGAUUGAUUUGGAGUCAGUAGCACACUUCUUCGACGUGUUUUAUGUAAACUGGGAUCCACAGCUGUUUCCGUUUAAUUAUGUCCUUCAUUCGUAAGUCAAUGCUGUAGUUUUCUCAAGAAACUUCUGAUAAGAUGAUUUUUUGUUUAAUGGUUAUAUUUUUUCAGAUGUUGGAGCGCGGGUCAAGGGCCAAUUAAAGACUUGUACACAGUCAGUGACAAUCCUCAAUAUCGGUUGGAGGUUAACAACAAGUUUGGUGUGGCUGUGGUGUGGAUUUUGUUAUCAAGACAUAUUGUUGACAAAGUUAGUUAACGGAGACUUAUGCUUAAUAAUUGCUGAUUAUUUUAGAAGGAUUUCGAACACAACAAAGAGUAUAUUACAGUAGUUGUGUAUCCGACUGGUAAAAGGAUACAUCUACCAGGUAAAGCUUUGUAAAGGUUUUCUAAUGAUCUAUGGAUAACGAUAUGUUAUUUAAGCAAUCGAAUUAAAGAAUUGUUUGUUUUCUAACUUGUAACAAUUAUAUUGCUUUAGCCUUCCCCAAACCUUUGAUCGAUGGGGCCAGGAUUAAUAGUCCUCAUUACUUAUGCCAACUUAAGAUAACAGAGCCAGGCCUACAGAAGUAUACGUUAUUAGUAGCUCAAGUAAGUUGACAAUAACAAUCAAGAGACUGUUUUAGUAUGAGAAGUCGACGACAAUUUACUAUACUCUCAGACUGUACAGUUCAACUGAGUUCUCUUGUAUGGAGAUAAAACAACUUCAGAAGCAGAAGACGGUAGGGUUUGAUUAAAUACUGUUUAAACGUAACAUUGCUAUUGUCCAAUACGUAAACAAUGUUAUUAUGUGGAUUUUAGGUGUCAGGGGAAUGGAAGGGACUCAAUGCUGGCGGAUGUGGAAAUGGUGCAAGCAGGGAAACAGUCGGGUAGGUCCACUUUCUGUUUAUAGUACACACAAACUUAGAAACAACCCUAUCUUCCAAUUGGAGUUGGACGAUGGGAGCGAUGAAAAUACCGUCUUCAUCGACCUCCGUGGUCCAAAACAGUACUCCGUGGGGUUUGAGGUGGUCCAGGUGUCCUCGAGAAGAAAUAAAACUUUUUCAAAAUGUAAUUCUGGCGACUUUCGUUCUGGCUGCACGGUGCUGGAGUUGCGGUCUGUGCCUUCAGGAGUUUACUCUAUUAUGCCAAUGACAUUUCAACAAGGCCAAGAAGGCCCGUUUCUACUCCAAGUACAAUCUCAUACUGGUUUUAAAUUGAAACGAGUUCAAUGA